CAACAUAUACCAUGGCAAGGACUGAUCAUCAACCGAUAAUGCGACGUAAUUCGUAACGGGAACGGGGGGCUGCCCCGAAUACGGAGUCGCCUUGAGACGGCAAGUGAAGAAGCGACCCGGUAACCCGCGGAGAGAUGUAUGCCGCGGCGGGUGGUGCGAGUAUCGCCAAUCGGAGGAAGCAGAAACGGCUGCAGCUCAACAAGCAGGUGCCGGUCAAUGUCGUUCCAUCAAGACUGAAGACCGGCUUACCGCCUGGCCCGCGUCAUCAGCAACACUACCAGCAUCACCAGCAUCAGCACCAGCACCAACACCAGCAUCAGCAUCAGCAUCAUCACCAGUAUCAUCAGCACCACCACCAUCACCACCAUCACCCGACCAAGCUCGCCGCCUGUCCGCAUCAAGUCGCAUCAGCACAGCAAGCCCCGCGAGCGCAAAACCAGGCACCGACGUCGACGUCAUCGUCGUCCGCCGCAUUCCACCCGGUCAUCGACGAUCGGCGCCGUCACACCGACCGUCACAAGUCCCAGCAGGUCGCCCCAGUCUCGCCGAUCCAAUUCCCGAUCUCACCACCCCCGCUCUCCCUCGAAUCCUCGGCAUCCGCCACCACCUUCCCGGCCAACAAGUCCAGCAACUUUCCCUUCCCGCCACCCUCAAUCCUCGAUCUCCGAGUUUCGCCUCCUACUUCGGAGCUACAGUGCGGCGGUCAGGGACCUGGCGGCAAGGCGGCAUGGCAAGGAUGCAGCAGACCUUCGCCCCUUCCUUUAUCUCCCACAUCGCCUGGAUACAGAACAAAGCAAUGCGAAGCACAUCGACGAUGGAUGAAAAGAAACAGGAUAAGAGACGCCAGUUACUGCUACGGAAGCAGCGGCGAGGACGACGACGAAGAUGACAGCAGUAACGCCAUUCACCAGCGAGGCGAGGUCAGCGCGGCGGUGAACACCGUGCUCUACGUCGGUUUGGGGACCACCGCGCUCGGUUUAGUUAUCUCAUUCGUCGGUACCGGAGAGAAGGGUUUCCUGAGCCCGCAGCUGAGGCUGGUCGGCCCGUCGUUACUGUGCGCCGGUUUGCUGUGCUGUCUGUUCCGCGUGUUGCUGUGCCUCUGUCUAUGUCAUUGUGGUCAGUGUCGUUGGCGAUUCUGUCAAGUCUCUUCGCACAAGGAGAAAGCGAGGAAAGCGGACACGCAACCGGGACCGGGAACGUUAUCGACCGCUUCGCUGUUGCCGCCGUCGAUGCAUCAGGAACGGGAACGUCCAGUCGCGCCCACGAGCCGCUCCGUGUCGCCGGCGACGAAGGGACACGAGCUCCUGCUUUCACCUGCCCAAUUACCGGAGUAAAGGACAACGUGAUUCGCGCGCCCACGAACAUUUUCUACGAAUGAAUUCUAUAUACCAUACGCCGAUUUACUGCCGGUUCACGCCCGAUUGCUCGAUCUUAGUUUCCGUUACGGCCUGAACCGCGAAAUUUCGCAGCCUAAAAAAGUAGCCUAAAUGCGUCUUAGAGCUUAAACUUAAACAAUAGAAGAAUAAAAGAAUCGGCUAUGUUUUUUUAUCCUUGUUGUUUUCGAAAAAGUAAAGGAAAAUCUACGUUGAAA